AUGGAAACAAACAACAUCCUAUCACAUCCAGAAGGACCCGAGUCCCAGUUUGUAGUGGGUGAAGGCACAUAUGCUCUGAAGGAGGAUCUUCUCCUCGCAAUGCCCCUUCCUUGCCCCUCAGAAGUAUCUCACCUCAAUUCAAAUCCACUAUCAACAAAUCCUCAGCCAGAAACUUCUGGUACAAAAGUUUCAUUAUUAUCGAUUAGCUCGCUAAGAAUGGUUAGCCAACCAACUACUGAAAUUUUUGGUAACUUGGAAUCUCUCGAAGAAAAGGGAGAAAACCAAAACAGGGUAAAAAAAUACGUGCAGAAUAAUUCAGGGAAUAUUCAGAGACGUAGGAUAUCUCCCACAGGCAGCGUAAAGUUUUCACAGGGCGUAGGAUCAAGUCCAACAAGUGAAGAAAACACUAUCUUAACUACCAUCGGAAGGGAUCAAGGGAAGAAAAAAAAACCUAAAAAUAAUAUUAUGAAAAGCAACUCUUCAUUUAUCUCUAGAUGCGUAGUAGAUGAAAACCUAAAUAAAAGAUUACAAGAAAGAAAGUCCGAUGGCUACUAUGCCUUCGCAAAUAUCGAUAGAGCUUUCCAGUGGCUUGAUCUAUCGUCUCCUCAAAAAGCAGAAUAUUUAACCAAAAUACUGUUUACCAAGGGACAUUGUCUUUGUCAUGAUAUAAAUCAGGUUACCAAAAGUCAAACUCAUAUCGAUUUGAUAAUGGGCUUCUCGACCGGGGAAAUCAUAUGGUACGAACCGAUUUCACAAAAAUAUACAAGGCUUAACAAAAAUGGAAUUAUAAAUAAAAAUCCAGUUUCAGAGAUAAAGUGGAUACCAGGAUCGGAGAAUCUUUUUUUGGCAUCACACAUUGACGGUUCGUUAGUGAUGUAUGACAAGGAAAAAGAAGAAGCUGCGUUGCUAUCUGAGGAAAAAAUCAGACACACGACAAAUCCGGUUGAAAAUUCCGAACAUAAAAUACAGCCAUCGCUUUGUAUAAACAAGUCUAUCUUUUCAAAAAAUCAAAAAUUCAAUCCCGUGUCAUCCUGGAAGCUUUCAACACAACGAAUCAAUUCCUUUGCGUUUUCGCCGGAUAAUAGCAGGCUCGCUGUGGUCGGUGAGGAUGGUGCCCUUCAGAUUUUGGACUACCUGGAAGAGCGACUUCUUGGAGUAUUUUCGAGCUAUUAUGGAGGGCUUAUCUGUGUUUGUUGGUCCCCAGAUGGAAAGUAUGUUUUAACCGGGGGACAAGAUGACCUUGUUUCGAUUUGGUCAAUUGUUGACUUAAAGAUUGUUGCCCGUUGUCAAGGUCAUCAUUCUUGGGUUACCUCAGUUAGCUUUGAUUUUUGGCGCUGUGACGACUUAAACUAUCGUUUCGGUAGCGUUGGUGAAGAUUGUAGGCUUCUAUUAUGGGAUUUCAGUGUGGGCAUGCUACAUCGCCCAAAAGCUACAAACAUGAGAUUAAGAGGUAGUGUAUGCUCCUGGUAUCCGGGAAUUUGCCGCUCAGAGACAAAUGUGAAUUAUAUGAGGUCAAUGUCCAUCAAUUCAUCUGCUGAGAAUCCGGAGAACACAAUUGAUCACCCAGCCGAGCCAAGGGCAACAACCGCUUUAUUGCCUCCUGUUGUGUCAAAAUUAAUCCACAAAGAUCCUCUAUGCUGGUUAGGAUUCACCAAGGAAUCUAUACUAACAUCUUGUCGUUCUGGUCACAUAAGAAUCUGGGAACGGCCUUCAAACUUGUUCGAAACCAUUAAGGUUUCGGUGUAG